GCUCAAGUGAUAUUAAUCUAAUUCUUUAUCAAUUUAAAUUUUCGCGCUUAAUCAAAUAUAUAAUAGAGGGGGUAUCGCACAUGUAUAUAGGUAUAUACAUGCAUACACUGCAUUAUAGGUAUAUGUUUUGCUUCCAUAAUCUGUAAAGUUCUAAAAAUGUCUUCUUAAAAGACUUUUGCGUUUGCGAACAUAGUCGCGAGUUUAUCUUUCUUCGAAAGUCAAUGGUUGGAUAUAAUACUUAAAUUCAGAAUAUGUGAGCUUUGAUCAUCUGUCAGCACAACACACAGUAGACAAGCAGUGUGAUAUAAUUAUAUUGAAUACACAAGUAUUUGGAAAAGGUGAUUAUGGCCGAACCAUCCGACAAAAAGGAUAAAAUUGAUGAGCAAGAAAAGCUCGAUGAUGAUGAUGUAUGUAGAGAUGCAAUGAUGUUUGCUAAUGCAAAGGAAACAUCAGUUGACAACAUGGAUACCAAUCAAAAUGAAGAUCAGAUGGAAAAAAUAAAAACUACUGACAAUGGGACUGCAGAAGAAAGCACAUCUACAAAUACCAAGAGAUCUAAUGAUCAAGUUGAAAAUGAAAAAAGAUCAGGCAGCGAUUCAGACGUAGAUUCAAGUAAAAAACAAAAGUUAAAUGAGUUCCUACCAAGUACAUCUACAAGUGAUAACAUUCAAGAUUCCAGUCCUGAGAGUUCUUCCAAUUUUCGUAAAUUAGAAUCCAAAGUAAGAAAGCGUAAUUACCGGAGCCAAAGUGAUUCUAGUGAUGUAUUGGAAGAAUCAAGUGUAUUGGCUGUAGGCACACCUGUAGUCAGGCCACAAGAAGAAAAUGCAGAUUCUAAUUCUUCAAAAUCUGUUGAUUAUCAACCCGAGGAUAGAGAAGCAUUGUCAGAUAGCUCUGAACAAAGAAGUGAUGAAUAUUUAGAUAAUCCUGAUUCAGAUGAUUGGUCAUCCGGUAGCAAUGAUGAUAUAGAUGAAAUGCCAGCUGUUUUGGAAAAAGAACCAUCGAAAUCAAAUUGGUCAAUUAUUAAAGAUGUAACUAAUCGUCAAAUAGGAUUUAACAAUUCUGUUCCAAGUAGAUUUUAUAGUUCAUUACAUGCAGUUCAACAUCUCGAGCUAAUGUAUAAGUUGGAAGAACAUCAAGGAUGUGUAAAUGCUCUAGGUUUUAAUCAAAAAGGAAAUCUUCUUGCCAGUGCUUCUGAUGAUUUGAAAGUAACUAUUUGGGACUGGGCAAUAGGAAAAAAACGUCUAGCUCUUAAAACUGGACACCGAAGUAACGUUUUUCAAUCAAAAUGGUUACCUCUUGAUUUAGAAUGUUUUGUAGUAACAUGCGCUCGAGAUGGACAAGUACGUAUGCUGGAUAUUAGAAGUGGUGUACAUUACAAAGUAGCUCAGCAUCGAGCAGCUUGUCACAAAGUUAGUACCCAUAUAAAUUUACCUCACAUUGUUCUAUCUGCUGGUGAAGAUUCGAAAGUUUUUUCAAUAGAUGUCAGACAGAAUAAACCAACCAAAUUAUUGUCGGUCAAAGAAAAUGAUCACGAAGUGGAGUUGUAUAGUAUUCAUUCACAUCCCUUAAACGAUCUUGAAUUUUGCGUAGCCGGCCGACCGCGUUAUGUCAAAAUAUAUGAUAGAAGGAAAACUGCGGCUCCUGUGCAGCAAUUAUGUCCAAAACAUUUAUUAACAGACAAACUUGCACACAUCACGUGCGCUGUCUACAAUCACAAUGGAACUGAAAUUGUAGCAUCAUACAACAAUGAUGAUAUCUACCUGUUUGAUACAUCAUCUUCAUAUAAAUUGGGAGAUUUUGCUCACAGAUAUCAAGGACACAGAAACACUGCUACUGUUAAAGGAGUAAAUUUCUUUGGACCAAACAGUGAAUUUGUACUGUCUGGAUCAGAUUGUGGUAACAUAUUUAUUUGGGAUAAAAAAACUGAAGCUAUUGUUCAAUGGAUGGCUGGUGAUGAACAAGGAAUUGUCAACGCAUUGGAACCUCACCCUCACAUACCAAUUUUAGCAACAAGUGGUCUCGAUUAUGAUGUAAAAAUAUGGAUUCCAUCUCGCGAGAAAAUACCAAACAUUAAAGAGGAAUUACGCUAUUGCAUUAAACGUAAUUCAAUGCUUCUCGGACAUAUUCGACAACGUCAGACUAGGAAUCUUCUUGAGCGAUUAGGCAGAAAUCUUGUGCGCGACAUGCGUAAUGCUGCUGCUGAUAUUGAUGACGAUGAUGAUGAGGAUGAUGAGGAUAAUGAACAAAAUAAUGAUGAUAGUGAAGAUUCUGAUUUAGACUAUAUUGCUAAUAACAGUAGUGCUAGCUCUUCCACUUCCCAUGAUAUUUUGAGCGAUAGUGAUAAUCGCUCUGAAAGUUAAAUUAUUGUUUAAAUAUAAAUAUAUUUAUAUAAAUACAUUUACAUAAUUUGCGUUGAAUAUGUAAUUAUUUUGAUAAAAUAUUAAAAAUCGUUACUGGUAUUUUUCAAAAUAAAAGUUUAUCAAUUUUUUAAAUAAGCACUAAAAUAUAAAAUAUUAAUAAAUUGUUUACUUCCAUCUUUUUAUCUUCUAUAUACACACCAGUAAGAUUUUUAGAUUUUGAAAAACAUGAAUAAUCAUGUAAAUAAUAACGUAUAUUCUAAUAUGGCAAUUAAGUAUUUAUUAUGAAAUCUCAAACAUUUAGUAAUUUGCAAAGACUGAGUUGAUCGGAUAUUUUACAUACUUUGUAAAAUGAAAAUGUAAAGUUUAGUAUACCUUGAAAUAUAAACUUUCUGAUGUAAUUUUUAAAUAAUGUACAGUUUAAUAAAAAAAAAAAACUUCAUAAAA